AUGUCGUCCAAAGUCAAGUCCAGCUUCAGCAGAAGCAGUAGUGACCCGUCCGAGGGGGACUCCGUAUCAACCCCCGAAAACAUAACCAUGAAGAAAGUGCGGGCGGUGCUAUACGAUGAGGCGAUCACCUACAGCGAAAAUAACACCUACUACAAGAUGUCCAAUAUAUACAACUGCAACAGUAUGGAUUCUUAUAUAGACUAUGUGAAGAGGUCCAACUAUACCAGGAGCUACGAGCAGGAGAUGAUUUACAACGAGGCCCUCAGCUUAUACAACAACCGAAACAAGUACAUCCGGAAGAGGUACAAAAAUGAAUUUUACGUUAAUAUAAAAAGGAACUUGCGGAGGGGGAGGUACUUUGGAGACGACAACGAUGACCUCCAAGGGGGAGAAGCGGGCACUGAGACUAACCUUGGGGGAACGCCCGAACCGAUGGACUACACACAGGAAAGGAACCUAAAUGAGUACCUAUACCGGGAAAGGAAAAAGGAGCAAGCAAACCUGUUUAGGAAAAAGUACCUAGAGAUGUUUGCAGAGGGGAGGAUCACUGCAAAGGGGCCGAAGGAUGCACAGGAUAGGAGACGCAUCCCCUUGGCAGGAUUAACCCAUAAUAACAUUACAACAGGUGGGGUAAAAAAAAAUGACAGUUUGUUUUCACAAAAGGGAACAGACAUUGAUUUCCCCUCACCAAAUCGGGUAGAUAUUCUUCCUGGGGGUAGUCGAUGCAGGACAAACAUACUAAGUGACUUGCGGGACCUGAACAGCAUGAGUGACUCAAGUAACAUUUUAGAAGAAGAGGAAACGAACUUCCUAGAACAACUAAUUAAAUUAAGAUACACACCAGAGUAUAUAUCCCAGCUAAGUGAUCUGUUUGAAAACCCAAGAACAUUGAAGAAAGCUAAUGUAAAAGUGCUAAAAUGGUUGAAUUAUCAGCUAAGUAAAGGAUACUGGUUGGAAAGGCUUUCCUUAUUCCUUCUCGGAUUAACGAUCGCAAUUGGCGUUGGAAAUAUAGAAACGUUUUGGUCGUUGAUGUCUACCUGGCAUGGUGUUAUAUUUGUUCUACCAUAUAUUAUCUGCUAUUGUUUCGUUUGCCAUCCCAUCCUUACGUUUGAGUUGUAUAUAGGACAGCUAAUCAGAACGUCGUCUCCCUUUAUCUUCUAUAGACUCCUAAAGCAGUGUGCAUCUGUUGGGUUCUUAAUGGUUCUAACGUGUCUAAUAAAUGGCUACAUAAAUACUUACAGAACCGCUGCAGAGUACUUCAUCUAUUUGAUUAAUUCAUUUAAAAGGGAUCUGCCAUGGAAGCUAAACAGCAAGGAGAUAAACUUCUGUACCAGUUUUAAAAAUGACUUCAUCAAAUGUCACAAGUUUAGACCACUAUGUUUUUUCUCUAGAUCGAUCUCUUCCUGUGUCCCCAACAGUUUAGGAAAAGCCUUCCUAAUUUAUCAGAACAAAUUUUUUCCGAACAACUUCUUCUACGAUAGAUUACUUCACAUUGACAGUAGUGAGAAUUUCGCACAUAUUUUUUCUAAUGGCACUUCCUACAUUGAUAAGGAUACCUUUAUUUUCCUUUUUGUGUGUAAUUUUUUUGUCACCAUAUUUCAGCUUUUGGGGUUGACCAACUUUGCCUUUUCCUCUGCUCUUGUUCUGCUCCUCAUUGGUUUCCUCUCCAUCACGCAGUUCGCCACCAUGUUCAACUUGACCAGCGCCACGCAGGCCUACGUCUACGUUCUCAAGUCGUGGAAGUUCUCCUACCUGUACACCUACUCGUCUAUCUGGUCCCAGUGCGUCUCCUUCUCCCUCUACGAACUGUCUAUCGGGAUGGGCAUCUACGCCUCGCUUGCAACCAAGACUAGAAUCGGAACCAACUUGUCCUUCGACGGAUACGCAAUCACCACGUGGAAUUCCAUCAUCUCCUCCCUCAUGUUCUUUUCAGCAGUUGCCGUCAUCGGCUUCAUCGCAAACAGCAUCAGCUCCAACUUCGUGGACAUGCUGGAGUUUUCGAGGAAGGACUGCUCCUUCAUUCUCUUCCCCGUGGGGUUCACGUACCUGCAGAAGAUGGAGAAAACCCUGUGCAUGCUGUACUACGGGUCCUACACCAUCCUGUCGUGUGCCUCGCUAGCCAUACAGUGUGAAGUCCUAGUCAUGACAAUACGCAACUUUAAAUUCUCCAAAAACAUUCAGAAGCGAACUAUCAUUUUAACUCUCUCCCUGUUCUUCUUCCUGUCUUCCUUCUUCAUUUCCAACAAAGACACAAAAAACAUCCUAUGGUUUCUAUCCCUUACCAUAUCGGAAAAUGCCCGAGUCUUCGUCUCUCUGUUGAUUUGUAUUAUUCUGGGUUGGCUGUACAACAUGGACUUUCAGUGUCGCCAUCUGACCAGGAGGAGCGUCCUCUCAUUCAACCUUACCUACUGGGUAUUGAAUUUAUCCAUCAGCGUCCUCUUUAAUUACCUGCCUUACCACGUGUACGUCCUAUACAUUGUGCGGGUAGGAAUAUUCGGGAUAAGCACCCUGGUUGCCUUGUGUGUGCUGAAGAAGGAAAUGAAAACGAAGAAGGGGAAGAAGAAGAAAGAUUUGAGCAAUCUUACUUUCAAGGAAAUCCUAUACAUCCUCUACAUCGGAAACAUCGAACAGCUGAGAAUGGAGCUACAACGAAUCAUCAGCGGGAACGUCUUCAUGGGGAGCAUUUCCAUGGGUUGGUCCGUGUGCAUAAAGUACAUUGGGACGUCCAUUUUGCUUUCUGCUUUUAUUGAAUUUGCAGAUGGGGUGUUUUAUAGCAAUGAAUUGAAGGAGAAGAUGAAUCUCAUUCCCCAGGGGUGGAUCGUCUUCGCCAUUCUCUUCUGGGUGUUCACGCUGCUGUUGUUGGUCCUCUUCCCGCUGUGCGUCACGGCUUUCGAAAAGUGGUGCGCCCACGAGGACUGCUUUGCGGAUUUCGCCCUCCUCCCCUCCAAGCCCCUCAGGGAGAUCCAUAACUUCAGCAUCCUCUCCUACUUUUGGGAAUUUACUGGCACGGAAACCAAAAAGGGGAAGAAAUACCCCCAGAAGGUUGACAUGGAGUAG